AUUUUCCAAAAUCACACCAACCUGAUCCGAAUAUAUUCUGCUCCCGGCCAGCUAACCAUCCUCGGAGAAUGAAAAGAUAAAGCAAAAACGACAAUGGCCGGAGCUACUCCAAUGGCGGCCACUACCCCCGUCAAUGUUUACGGCCCUCCUUUGUCCACUGCUGUCUCCAGAGUUCUUGCUUGUCUCCUUGAGAAAGAUGCCCCCUUUCAACUCAUUCCUGUUAACAUGGCCAAAGGCGAGCACAAGAGUCCGGACUACCUCAAAAUCCAGCCCUUUGGCCAAGUGCCAGCUUUUCAAGAUCAAAGCAUCAAUCUUUUUGAAUCUAGAGCCAUAUGUAGAUACGUAUGUGAUCAGUAUGCAAGCCAAGGAUACAGGGGCCUUUAUGGAACGAACCCUCUAGUCAAAGCAUCAAUCGAUCAAUGGAUCGAGGCUGAAGGACAAAGCUUUAGUCCACCAAGCUCACUUCUGGUGUUUCAGUUGGUCUUUGCACCCCGAAUGAAGAUCAAGCAAGACGAGAACGUCAUCAACCAGAAUGUGGAGAAACUGUCCAAAGUGCUUGAUGUCUACGAGAAGAGGCUUGGAGAAAGUAGGUUCCUGGCUGGGGAUGAGUUCACAUUAGCUGAUCUUUCUCACCUGCCCAACGCGCAAUACUUGGUUAAUGGGACUGAUAAAGGAGAGCUUUUUAAUGCGAGGAAGAAUGUGGCAAGGUGGUGGGAUGAGAUUUCCACCAGGGAUUCUUGGAAGAAAGUUGUUGAGAUGCAGAACUCACCCCCUGCGUAGAGUUCGUGAUGGUUUCACUCCAUAAUCCAUAAUUGCUAUCUUUUUGUGUUGUUCCUUUUGCUUGAUUUAAGCUCUGCUUUUGGUUACUUAGAAUUUCGCAAUUAUAUGUAAACCCUGGUUAUAUAUGACUUGUGUUUAUUGAAUUUUGUUUGCUGACUAGCUAGCUUCCCAUUUUUCACUUAAUAUUGAGUUUGAGAGUUGGACGGUGUAGCUAGCGGUGAUUCUUCACAAAGCAUGUGACAAGCAAAAUUUCAUCCGCCAAAGAUUGUGUUUAGAAAAAUGAAAGGUCAUGCAAUCAAAAUUAUAAUAGAUUAAUGUUGCUCUCUAUUAUCGUCCACUAGAUUGCUUGAUUAGUUGAGUACAACUCUGACAUCCAAUAAUAUUUAACUUCUUUUCAAUUGGUAAAUGGCGUUCCCUUCUUAAGCUUUGAAUCUCUUGUUUCAGUAGUUGCUGGAUCUAGCUACAAAUUGUAAUCUUUCUAACGCCUUGUUACAAGAAGGUUUUAUGAUAUUCGACGGUUGGAAUCGUCGUCCUGAACAAGAAACUAGCUGGCAAUCAUGGUUGACGAUAGAUUCCCCUAUAGUUGCUCGUGAUGGAUGACGCUUGAGAAACAAUCUUCUGGAGUAUCUUUUUACGAUGAUGUCGACUGAACAUGGAAAAUAUCAUACGAGCUAGGCAUAUUGUUCAAGUAUUGCUUCGUAGUUAGCCACUUCUUUUGAGCUCAGACCCUCAAGAUCGGUUCUGUUCUGUUCAAUGCUGAAAGUGGGAUGAACAUCUUCCCGGUUCUUGUUGUUACUCUCCUGUUAGAAAGCUUUAGCGUUGAUUUUCCGUCUUGUAAA